UGUAAUCACUAAUCCUGUACGUACUGUUUGAAAAGAUUGUCAGAAAAUGUUUCGUUUCAAGGAUAUGCUGAUGCGGAGAAAGUUCAACUGAUGGUAGCUAAUCAGGCGGUGGAGGACUAUUGUUUUUCCAAAAUCCUCAUGUACAUUCCUGACCUUAAAACAGAUACCGACAGAUUAUCUGAUGCCAUCGAACUUCUUAGAAAUCAUCGUUACAGAAUACUCAACAAUCAGUCUUUAGAGGCGUCCAGGUCGAUGGGAAUCAAUUGGAUUGCAGUAAUCAAUCUGUACAAUGAGCAACUGAAGACGGUACAGAACAUUCUGGCAAGGGCCAUGCUGAACAAUAUAGAUGACUUCAGACGAAAUGCAAACAUUCUGAUCGGGAUAACAAUGUCCGCACUAGUCUUCAUCGCACUUGUAGAGCCUUUUCUUUUCUGGGCUAACAUCAAUAAAACCUACUCACUGGUGAAAGUGCAAACCAAAAACACGAUACAACUAACCAAGUUAACUGAGGUUUUGUGUCGUGAGAAAAAGAGAUCAGACGAUUUGAUUUACAAGCUGGUACCCGCUGACAUUGCCAAGAAGCUCAAAAAUCACAUCGCUGUCACCCCUGAGAUCUUCGACUCUGUUUCAGUUUUGUAUGCUGACAUCGUUAAUUUCACCCUGAUAUCUUCAUAUCACUCUGCUACUGAAGUUGUCAACCUGCUCAAUUACCUGUUUUGUCUCAUUGACAAACUCACAGAUAAAUAUGAAGCUUUCAAGGCCGACACUGUAGGUGAUGCCUACGUAGCGGUGACUGGCUUGCCAACAUGUGGAAGCAAAGCGACAAGCGAGAGUGUGACUAACAUUGCCCACUUGGCUCUAGAAAUGUUGGGACAGCUAAAUAAUCUGGACCACGAGAAUGAAUCCAUGUGCGAGGUGAAACUCCGGAUAGGCCUUGCAACUGGACCAGUCUCUGUGGGAAUGAUCGGAAUGAAGAUUCCUAAAUAUUGUGUUUUCGGUGAGACGGUUAACUUGGCCACUGCGAUGGAAGAGCGCAGUCAAGCUAUGAGGAUCCUGAUUACUAAGUAUACUCGAAAUUUCCUGGCGGACACGGGAAUAUUUGAGACGCUCUUCCGCGGACAGUUCAAAAUCGACGAUACAAUAGUAGACACGUAUUGGCUGGUGGGGAGCUCCUGCAUCGACAAGGGUCUCGACAUAUUCAACAGCAACCAGAACAAGAAGGGGGGAGGAGUCCUGAACAAGCGUAUAAAACAGAAACAGAUGGACCAAGUGCCGCCUCCCUACGAAGACGCAACCCCGAUGGUUCCUGUAGUGAGUGGGGUAGAAACACAGCCUCAAGGUAAAGAUCGGCUGACGACAGUUCUCGGAUCUGCUGUGAUUGGUGGGGAAAAGGAAAUCCCUGUUUCUGAAACAUAAGGAAACUGUUUUACCAGUGUAUUGUUGCGAUAUUACUGAUCACAAGAAUGAUUUAAUAGACCUCCUUCGAGAGCUUACUAAAACUC